UCACUGUACUCUCCCCCCUGGAGCAAGAAGACACCAUUGUGGCCUUCUUUGAAUUGAGGUCCGCACUACAAUCCAUGAAAAGCCUCCAUCUUUGAAUCCCAAUUCCCAAAUCAAUCAAUAAUUCACCAAUCAAUAAAUUAAAACCCCCGCCCAGCACGCAUUAUAAUCAUAUCCCACUGCACAUACAUUAAAUUUCUUCUGAUCUGAUCUGAUCUGAUCUUGUGUGAAACAAACAAAGAAAGAAAUUAAAAAUGGAUGUUGAGGAGGAGUGGGAAGUGUUGCCAGAGGAUGGGUUUCUUGAAAUCAAUGAUGAUGGAUCUGGGAAGAGCAUCUUCUCCAGAAAAUACAACAACACUCACUUCAACAUGAACUACACCUACUUCGUCUGCCCUUCCCAAUUCGUCGACCCGACACCCACACCGACAAAACCAUCCCACGUUGUCCCUCCUCCGCCGGCUGUCGGCGCCUCAGAAGACAAGAUAUCGCAGGUUUGCUUCAAGAAAAUGAACGAUCAUCAUCAUCAGGAGGCUGCAGCAGCCGAGAAUAUGAAAAUGGAUUCGCCUGCAAACAUGACCACAGUAGUUGUGCCGCAGACUGAUGAUGAUGAUGAUGAUGUAGGAGGAGAAGAGUUCGAGGAUACUAAGGAUGUUGUUGUUUCAUCAUCACCGGGAAGAGCUGAUCAUCAAGAAAACGAAGAAGGCGGCGGAGGGUUCAACUUGUGGCAAUGGAGUUUGAGUGGAAUCGGAGCGAUUUGUUCAUUUGGGGUAGCUGCUGCCACCACUAUAUGCAUCGUUUUCAUCGAAAAUCAGCAGAAGCACAAAAGGCAGCACCACAAUCACAACAUCCGCUUUCAAAUCUAUACUCAUCACGAUAAGAGGAUCAAGGAAGUGGUUGAGCAUGCAAGCAAGUUGAAGGAGGCAAUAUCAACGGCGAGGGGAGUUCCAUUCACCAGAGCUCACAUCACAUUUGGGGGUUACUGCGAUGCCUUUUAGUUUUAGGGCAAAUAUAUAUAUACAUCCACUUGUUGUGUAUGCGUCACCUUCGUACCAUUACAUCCCAAUUUAUAGGAUCUAUUAAUUUUGUGUACAUAAAUAUUUUGAGAGAUUCUCAAGUGUAUUCGGAUCUACUAUAUAUGGGGUCCUAGAUUGUGUGUCUGUGUUUUAUCUUCUUUUUUUU